AUGACAAGACCUUAUUACACAUCUGAAAACCCUGGCAUGGUGCUCUCCGGCAUUUCCUUCCAAUGCAAUGUUUCCACAGCUCCCUCUUUGUGCCAUGAUUUGGUGGGCAGCUUCUGGAUGCUGGUCUCGCUGCCUCCUGAGUAUUUAUAUGUUGCUGGCACUGUGCGUUGUCGAAUUGCGCAUCUGCGGCCUUCAGAAAAGCACGAAAUUGAAAUGGUGCCCGGGCUGCAUCAGAGAUAUAAAUAUAUUAUGGAUUGUGCAGAUGCAGGCUGGCGUACGAUGGCAAAAGGAGCUGUCGACCAAUCAUUUGGAUCUCUGCUGUUUGACUGA